UUUACUGAAACAACAAAUAAGAAUUAAGAGACCAAUCUACUGGAAUAGAUCUAUCCUAGAUCUAUGUAGAUCUAAAUAUAAAGCAGACUAAGCCGAGUAAGCCUUACAGAUUAUUAGAGUAGACGGCUUAAACUCACUACAGCUACAGAAUUAAUAAGUAGCUCCAGAUUGUGGUAUUGGAUUCUCUACAAAUGAUUCAAUGCUAUAGAGUGUAACUUUCUUAUUUUAAAUUAAAAUUAUUUCAACUACUAUUAACUUAAUGGCCUACGGCAAACCACAUCUGACAUUGCAUGAAUGUAAAGGAGCAUUGAGAGAUAUUCUGGAUACAUUUAACUUACCAGAGAAUGUUGCCAAAUUGGAUGAAGCUCGAUUGGCUGCUGGCAAUGAUAUGCUAAAGAGCAUGCAAAAUAUUUUCCCAACUGCCACUCAAAUGCAGAUACAGGUCAUAGAGAGAUAUGGGUUCCUGGCUGAUGGGGAAGGCCUAGUUCAAUUCACCAAAGUUGUUAGAUCUUAUGAAGACCAAGACCCAGACGUCCGACUGCUGAAUAGUCAAGUUAGAUCAAUCCUGCUUCCUCCAGUCACAGUGACACAUCCAAAUGUCAAUCAGAAUGGUGGAAGCUGAUGAUGUUUUCAUUCCCAUGUUAAACUUUUAACUCAUCUGUUUUUGCUUUGAACUUUGUGAUCAGCUUUACAUGCAUCUCUUUUAGCUAAAAAUGUGUACACUUACCUGUAGUUAUCUAUUCAAUAUCAUUACAAUUAGCAUUAGUUAUUUAAAAAAAUCACUUUAAAAACAAUGGAAAAAUAGUUUUAAAAAGAGUGAAUUUUAUUUUAACUCAAACAAUUCAUUUAUUAUGUACACUUUAUGUAUACUCCAAUAUCUGUAACAUUUUCUGAUAAUUUUUUUAUUAGUUCAUGCAAUGAAUAUUUUAUUUUGGUUGUCGUUUUCUACUAAUUUUUUUUUUCCUGAAAUAUUUAUUAUAAAAUUAUGUUUACACUUUAAGUUUUUUUCCCCUCAAAUUUGAUCCCUUGUAAUGUAUUGUUUGUUUAUGAAUGGCUAGCAUUAUUGGUCAACACCUGAAUCUCAUCCCACAGGCUCCAUCACUUUCAGUUCACAGCGCAACACAAUCAUUUAUUCUUUCCUAUUUUGUGGACUGCUUAACAGCGGCAAACGCUAGAUAAUAAAUAUGGAGGUAAAAUAUUUAAAUUGGCAUUCAGUUGUAAUGUGUUGGCACACCAAAGCUUGUGCAAUGAAUUUUUUUUUAAAUUUUAAAUACAAAAAAUGGGAGAUAAUAGAUAGUAAUUGUAUGCUGCACUUAAUAUUAUCCAGACUAAUUGUUAUCUACUCUUGACAUUGUAAACAAUACAUUACAGCUAUUGACCUAUAAUUAAUAUGAUCUUGCUUAAAACAGUUAUGACAGCUAGGCUGCUAUAAUUAUAUCAGUAUUUCUGUUAUUCUAACACAUUCAGAAGCAGUGGCAUAGCUACCAUGGCAUUAAGGAGUUCCAUAAAACCAAGCUUAUGACCAAUAGGGGGCCCACAAAUUUACUUUCAAAAAGUAAAAAACAUAAGGUGUUGACUGUAUGAAUUGUAAUGUAUCAAAUUAGCAUUGAUUGUCUAAAAUUUAAUAUAAAUGAAAAAUAAAUUGAUAUUGAAAAAAUAAAGGGAGGCUAGACUUUCCAGUUCAGUAUCCUCUCCAAUUUAGUAGUCUCCUAAUGGUUUUGAAUGUAUUUUACAAAAUAUUUUAUCAACUGUUUUAUUUCAUUAAAGAAUCAUUAUAUUUACAAUCUGUUCAGCCACAAUAAUAGCUGUAUCUACUUGAUCUACCUUAAGUAUUAUAUAGUUCUCAUUUUUAAACUGUGUGUAUCCUAAGCUUACACUAUGUCAAGUAUUUUAUUUUUUGGGGAUACAAAGUCAAGCCUCAUGUCAGUAUUAUUGGUACGAGAUAGUCAAUACUUUUAUUAUUGUUUUUUUUUUAAUAACUCUCAUUCUUAAGUCUUGCUAUAAUUUAAUUUUGUUUUUCUUUCUAGAUUUAAAUAUACUUUGGAAAUAAUUUCCAUUGCCAAUACACUGAGCUGUACAGAACUGGUGUGGGUAUAUUUGAUCCCCUCGAGGAAUGUUAGAUUAUUCAGUCCUGUGUUGAAGCAGAGUCCAACAAAUCUGUCAACAAUUCAUGGGAAUAUUAAAUACACCUAAAAGCAAAAUGCAUUAAUUGUACAUGCUUGAUUCAUCUCAUUGACAUAGAAAUGCAUAGAUGUCUGGAAGUCUCAUGACAUGGUGCUUCUAGUCUGACAAAAUUUUAUAGUUCUGACAUCAGUGAUGCUUUUUCUGUUUCUAUAAAUAAAUUCUCUGCAUUUAGUUUUUUUUGUUAGCGCCCUCGUUCUCAGCUAUCAGAGUUGCUAUAGACACUAACGAAUAUGUAUAUAAUGUGAUGUAUAACCAAAUCUAUCCAAGUCUUACCCUUGAUUUAUAAAUCAAAGUUGAACACUGACUGAAGCCAAGACUAAUCAUUGAGAAUGUCUCUUUGCAUAGACAUAUUUAGUUUGCAUGUUGCCAUAUCACUUGAAUGUAGCAGAUAUUCACCUGUAUUUAGCAGACAUUAACCUGUAUUUAGCAGACAUUAACCUGUAUUUAGCAGACAUUAACCUGUAUUCAUUAGACAUUUAUUAUUUAUUUAUCAAUCAUUUAUUUAUUUGUACAUUUUGAAUUUAUUUUAGUCACUAUUUUCAUGAAUAUUUUCCAUUUCGUUUGAACUCUUAUUAUGUCUACAAAUAAAACCUGAGAAUAAACAAAUUGAUUAUGUUUUC